CGAAAUCUAUAUAAAUGAUGAAAAAGUGCUAUGCUCAGUUUGAAUAAUAUGGCUGUGCCUGCGCAUACGUAUUUACUUGUGAUAUCUUGGAUAUUCGGGGUAUCACAAGCGCAAUAUAUGGGACGAGUUCGCACAUAUGCUUACGUGCCCACUGCGACCACAACAACGGUUGCUGCACCAGUACAAUGUGAAUAUGAGUCGUGCCGCUCAGCUAUCGAGGAACUGGGUGCUCUGUUACAAAUUCUAAAGUCGCUUGACGAUGGCCCAGCUAACGGUGGACUCAGUGAAGAAAUUAUAAUAAAACUAGUGAAUGCGCUUAUUUAUACGGCUACUCAAAAUUGCAGAGGAAACAUUGGAUACUGUUCUGGAUACGAUUGUGGUGGUAUUGGGGGAAUAGGACCUGGGAUUGGAGUGGGACUAGGAGGUGGAGUUGGAGCAGGUCUUGGACUGGGAUUAGGAGCUGGAGUUGGAGCAGGGCUGGGAGGGGGAGUUGGGGGAGGUCUCGGAACUGGUGGUGGCGGUGGCGUUGGGGGUGGACCUGGGGGGGGCUUGGGGGUUGGAGCUGGAGUGGGCCUGGGGGUCGGAGUUGGUGGAGGACUAGGAGGUGGAGCUGGCAGUGGACUAGGAAGUGGAGCUGGAGGAGGCCUUGGGGGUGGGAGCGGAACUGGAACUGGAAUAGGAGUUGGCGGUGGAUCUGGAGGUGGAGCUGGAUCAGGAGGUGGAGGUAGCAAGGGAGGAGGUGGAACCGGUGGUGGAUCGGGUGGUGGCACAGGAGUUGGUGCUGGAGUUGGAGCUGGAGUUGGCGUUGGAGUUGGAGCAGGAGUGGAUAUUGGAGCAGGAUUAGGAGUUGGGGCUGGAGUUGGAGCGGGCCUUGGUGCAGGCCUUGGAGCCGGAGUUGGUGCGGGCCUUGGGGCAGGCCUUGGAGCAGGAAUUGGAACAGGUGCAGAAGUUGGUAAAGAAGUUGGUAAAGAACAUAGUAAAGAAGUUGGUAAAGAACAUGGUAAAGAAGUUGGAGCAGGAGUUGGAGCAGGAGUUGGUGCAGGAGUUGGUGCAGGAGUUGGGGCAGGAGUUGGGGCAGGAGUUGGGGCAGGAGUUGGGGCAGGAGUUGGGGCAGGAGUUGGAGCAGGAGUUGGAGCUGGUGUUGGAGCUGGUGUUGGAGCAGGAGUUGGAGUGGGAGUUGACGUCGGUGCAGGAGUUGGAGCUGGAGUUGGAGCUGGAGUUGGAGCGGGAGUUGGAGCAGGAACUGAAGUGGGGGCAGGAGUUGGAGCUGGACUUGGUGUAGGGCUUGGAGUAGGAGUUGGAGUAGGUGAUUCCAAUCUCGAUACCGUUAGUAGUAACUAG